AUGAGGCUGCUUUCAUAUUUCACUGCACUACUGUGCGCAACCGGAUUUGCCGUCUCGGCAGCAGCAAAAAGUGACAAGCUACAACAGUUGCAGGCUCUCUCUCGUUCGGGCGCCGUCGAUCUCAACGACGCAACAUACAAUGACCUCACCGCAGCGCCCCGAGAUUAUCAUGUAGCGGUGAUGCUCACGGCCAUGGAUGUGCGCUUCGGCUGUGCACUGUGCCGGGAUUUCAAACCGGAAUGGGAUAUUAUUGCGAACAGCUGGAACAAGGCUCAUGUGAGCGACAUCGACUUGGUCUUUGGUACAUUAGACUUCAGCGAUGGAAAGGACACAUUCAGACAGCUCAUGUUGCAAACUGCUCCCAUCAUAUUGCUCUUCCCGCCAACAGUAGGACCCGGCGCAACCGCUGAUGGCACGCCCCAGAGAUUCGACUUAUUUGGCCCGACCACCGCAGACCAGCUCUACGCCUGGAUUAAUCGUCACCUCCCCGAAGGCCCGAAACCCCAAUUGGUGCGCCCAAUUAAUUACAUGCGGAUUGCGUCGACAGUGACUCUUCUACUUGGCGCAAUUACUCUCUUUACAGUAGCAUCACCAUACCUGCUCCCUAUACUUCAGAAUAGGAACAUUUGGGCCGGUAUCAGUUUGAUUGCAAUCCUUCUAUUCACCAGUGGUCAUAUGUUCAACCACAUCCGCAAGGUUCCAUAUGUUGCUGGUGAUGGCAAAGGCGGAAUAAACUACUUUGCUGGUGGAUUUUCAAACCAAUUUGGGAUGGAAACCCAAAUUGUCGCUGCAAUGUACGGCGUACUUUCCUUUGCAAUUAUUGCACUGUCUUUCAGGGUUCCACGAAUGGCGGAUCCCAAAGCGCAGCAAUUGGCCGUGAUAUGUUGGGGAGUGGCUCUUCUCGGCAUGUACAGCUUUCUCCUCAGCGUCUUCAGAGCCAAGAACGGCGGCUACCCAUUUUACUUGCCGCCAUUUUAG